AUGAGCAAUCCAGACGCUGAGGAGCCCAAGCUGGACAAGGCUCGCCACGUCAAGUACUGGCAGCGAUGCCACAACACCUUCCUCCCGACUCCCUACACAUCCAAUGAUUCCACCAGACUCAUCUUUGCCUUCUUCAUCAUCUCCGCCCUUGAUCUCCUGUCCGUGCCCCUCACAGCUCAAGAACGAGCUGCGGCGCGAGCUUGGGUCUUGAGUCUCCAACAUCCCGAUGGCGGUUUCUGCGGAAGCCCAACCCACGCCAUUGAAGGCGACAACGCGUCCAAGGGAUCAGCAAACAUAGCGGCGACCUUCUUCGCCCUGAUACUGUUGGGCCUAGUGGCGGAGUCGGAAGAGGAGCAGCGCUCGGCCUUUGCGGGGGUGGAUCGCAAGGCGCUGUUGCUCUGGCUAAGGAAGUUGCAGAGAAGCGACGGGAGCUUUGGACAGGUGCUGUGGGAUGGGGAGCCGAUGGGGGGGAGAGACAUGCGGCAUAGCUAUCUGGCGAGCAGUAUACGAUUUAUGCUGCGAGGGCCGGUCCAGGAAGGGGAUGAGAAUUGGGUGGAGGAUAUUGAUACUGAGAGGAUGAUUGAAUAUAUCAAGAGCGUUCAGACUUAUGAUGGCGGCAUUGCCGAGUCCUCAACGGAGGAAUCUCACUCCCUGGCUUUACUUGAUCGUCAUUCUGAAGCAUUCACGCCGGGAGAAACGAAGCGGGCCCUGGACCGCGGCAUCGCAGAUCGCCCAAGUCUGUUGAGAUUUCUCGCAGCCAGGCAGUUUCCGUACUUGGCGGCGAAGGAGCAGAAGGAAGACGAAACAGUAGUAAACUAUCUCGAGGCUAAGCUGGGAGAACUGGACCUUGAUGGAGGAUUUCCGUACACUGGAUUUAACGGCAGAUGGAACAAGAAGGCCGAUACCUGCUAUACUUGGUGGGCUUGUGGCACUUUGAGGCUCCUCGAUUGCGACAGCUUUUACAACCCAGAGCCAUCUUGCAAUUAUCUACUAGGCAUUACUCAGCACCGAAUCGGCGGGUUUGGCAAGUCCGUCGGCGACCCUCCGGAUAUCUACCAUUCUUACCUUGGACUGACUACCGUGGCUUUGUUGGGUGGAUCUGAUCUCAAGGAGGUUGACGCAGGGUUCUGCUGCAGUAAAGAAGGGGCUCGUAAGAUUGAAGUGGCUAGAGAUGGGCUGCUGGAGUCUUUGAAGAAGCAGAGCGAACAGCGGGGGGGAUGGGAGGCUGAUGAGUUCUGGGGGAAGGCUGCGGAGGUGGUUAAGGUGAAGUAG